CGGCAAUGAUGUAUUCACAGGCAGUGUGUGUGGUCUCGUCAGUGCAGACAGACACGGACGGACGGCACAAGUAUGUCAAUCAGAGACGACCAUAAACACAGGUACUAACACAGGUACACACAUACGCAGAAACGCCUCCCUGUGUGUGGAACACCGGGAGGUACACGUGAGGCAGCUGCUGGCUGUACAUCCAUCCAUCUACACUGUCGUCACACCGACCCAUAGAUGAGCCCCUCUACGCGUCUCGGCUCUGGCUGAGGAGCCUGACACACACACACACGCACACACACAGGGGUGCGCAUGAUGCCCGCAUCUCGUCCUCGUCAUGUCAGUCUGCGCCACGUACGUGUGAUGAGGUGACGACCUGGUAGGAUGUGCCCGUCAUCUCGUCCUCGUCUGCACGACAGAUGUACACAAAGCCAUCAGGACAGACAGACACGCGUCAUGGCAUUGGCAUGGUGGGCGCCGGUCGGCCGACCAGGGUCUGGGAAGCUGAAGUUGCUCAUUGAGGCGCCCCUGUCUGCAACAAUGAGGACAGCGGACAUCUACACAUCCAAUCUUGAAUGUACGUGUGUGCGUACCGUUUCUCUUGUGCGUGUGGCGCGAGAGGGACGGAAGGCCUUACCCCCCACACACCCACAUACACACACACACACACACACAUGCAUCCGUGCGGUUACACUGGUGUUGCUGGGUGAGAGGGUACCUGUGUUGCCCUCUCCUACAGGCCGAUAUCUGUUGUUGGCAUUGUACACCCAAUCAGCCUGUCGAUGGAUAAAUGGAUGGAGGCACACACACCCAUGUGUGUGGACGUGUAUGUGUAUGUGUACGUGUGUGUGUGUGUGCGUACAAUCUGGACGAAGAACAUCCUGACUUGGCCGACCACCGGCAAAUACGGCGGGCCGCCUGACACAAGCGGGCAGAUAUAAUACGUGCAGUUGUGGCCCUCCCUUUGGGGUAUGCGAACCUCCUUUGGUGAAGUUCUGGUACAAAAGAUACAUGUAUAUCACAAAGAACUGCACACACACACGCGUCAACACAGGCCUGCCUGCCUGCUAUCCAUCUCUGUGUGUGUGUCUGUCUGUGUGGAUGGCUGAAUGGCUCAUCCCCACCGACCAGGAUGGCUGUCCAGAAGAUGGAUUUGUAUGCGAUCCGGAUAAACAGCCACAAGGGAUGGGACAACAGAUGCAGCAAAUUAGACCUGCAUAUAUCAAUGUGUGCACACAUACGCCCCAACAACACGUCUGUGGCGGUGUCAGUGAGCGUACACCGAGAUGAGGGUGAGCGGCGACCCGGUGCAGUGUUUGCGGACGAGGAACUGGACGUCCUUGUAGAAGGGAAUGUCGAGCGACACAAGCACCACCGACCAGCCCACACCGUGGCAGUUGUAGAUCAGCUCGACCUUGCGCGGCUUCUCGUCCGUCGGGAACCAAGCCUUGUGCGGCUCUGAUACAAACACACAGUGACACGUGUGGAUGGAAGGAUGGAUUGGUGACGGCUUGCCUGUUGCGGUGAGUGGCCAGUCGUCGCUGGGCAGCUCAAGGGACGGCCACACGACCUGCAUGUCGGCAGCUGAGUGCAACCAUGUGGACAAAAAAGACAAAAGACAGAAUGACAUAAAGUGCCUCCGGCACCUUUCUCUCUCUCCCCCUGUGCGUGCGUGUGCACCUAUGCUAGGCCGCUGGAAGUAAACAGGAGGGGAGCAGUCCUUGCUGAUACGCACACACACAGACACACACACACACACACACAGAGAGAGAGAGAGAGAGAGGUGAGUCGAGUUGUGAUGGGUACGUAUCGGUGCAUACGCCCACCACCACACAUAGAAGACCGUCGCCGCAUGCCCCUUGUCAACGUGGUUCAACGCAGUGCUCUGACCCACCUGCACACGCCCGUCAGCCACAAACAGGCACACGUGCCAUGGAUGUAUGGGUGCCUCCGGAUGAGCGCGUGUGUGUAUUUGCUUACAUCGCCCCAUCCGCCGAUGGCCCUGCCAUUGUACACCACAUCGGCCUCGUGCGGCUUGGUGCCCACCAUCAGACCUGCACGCAACACCAACACACACACAUAUAUAAUAAUACCCAACACACGACGCAGUGUGUAUGGCUGUCUGUGUGUCAGGGGUGUCCGGACCCUGUUUGGGGACGAUCUCUGCCGGCAGUGUGGUGCAGUCCACUCGCCAGCCGAUGUGCACAGAUGGGCAGCCGUGCGGGUGCAGCGUCACAUUGAUCUGUACGUGUGUGGAUGCGUGUGGACACACACGUACACGAUAUGUAUGUAUACGAGCGCGCGUGUGUGUGUGUGUGUGUGUGCUGACCGGGAAGACGGCUUGUUGGGCGCAGUUGAGGUACUGUAUCUGCAGCUCGAGGAUGUUCCUCCCCUGUGGGUCUACGUGUUUCCUCAGGUACUGCAGACCGUCAGCUGACCACAUGCACACACACACGCCAGGACACACACAUGCACAUGCUCCCUUGAUUCCUCUUUGUGUGCAGAAAUGGUGUGUGUGUACAAUCUCUGAGGGUGAAAUGAAUCUCCAGGCCGGACGGGGUGCUCACUGCUGGAUGGUCCAGCUUUCCUGACACACACACACACACACACACAAAUGGACGCAACACGCACCGACACACAUACCAUGUGAGGCUAUCUUGAAUAUCGACAUGGGCGUGGUGUGGGGGUUAAUCAGCGGAUUCCUGCAACACCACACAGACACGUACACCCGCAUCAUGAUGCCCGGCAUCUCAUCUCAUCGCAACUCAUCUCAUCAUCUCAUCAUCUCAUCUCUCCGGGUACCUUUCGUCCAUAUUGAGAAGUGCCUUCUCUUCCCUGACCACUCCUAUGCGCUGUGGUGGGCUGCCCAACGCACUGCCGACUGUCGGAUGGCCUGACAUACACAACACACACGUGCACCCACCAAACAGCAUAGAACACACUGUCUGUCGGUGUGUGUGUGUGUGUUACAUACCAGAGAUGGCCGCGUUGGUGGGAAUGGGUAUCCACUCGGGCAUCACCACAGAGUUCUGAACCACACUGACCACCGGCACACACACACACACACACACACACAGAUGGACCGAUAAGGUGCACAUAGGCACUGCAUAUGUGAGUGGGCGUGCACGGCUGCAUACGUGGCCUUGUCGUGUGUCUUGUCGUUGCUGAGCUGCUCCACCAUCUGCGCCGACUCGGGAGAUACAUACACCACAGACAGAGCUGCCAAGCCAGGCCAUGGACACACGCACCAAGACACACACACACACACACAUCAACGCCAUGAUUUUUUAUGUCAUGGGCGCUUCUCGCGUGUGUGUGCUUACAUCUGCAGACUUCAUCCAUAGAUACGGGCCCAUCAGACAGACACCGGCAGGGAAACAGCUGCACACAAACACACGACGCCCAGAUGGAUGGAUGGAUGCCGAUGGUGCACAUGGAUCCACUGGAUCUCGUACGUGUGCCGCGACAAGAAAGAGCCACCGGACAGCGCCGCGCUCAUACAGCGUCCGUCGUUUCAUUCCUCUGAUGAAUCACACAGUCCAUUCAUCAACGCAUGUGACAUUCAGUCUGCAUUUGAUGACUAUCCGUGUGUGUGUUUCGCUCACCUGGCCACGGCUCGUGUACUUUUCAUGUUCUGCAAGCUUAUUAGCUCGCGAUCCAACGAGGCAGAUCUUCUCCUACGGCCUUCUUUUUGUCAGAAGUGCAAGUCGGUCCAGGGUUUAGGGUCUAGGGUUCAUAGACCGACGAUCCACUGAUCUGUGAGACAGGACGGCUGUUGAGUCUUUGUCCGUUCCAUGAGACAGGCCAUGGCGGACAGGACGUCAGACAGAAUGGACUGACGCGUACUACAUGUCCUACGUGGACUCUCCACAAAAUCCAC